GUCAAGAUCUUUAUUUCACCAAAAUGGCGCUGUAUUCGAAUGAUAGCAAUGAAAACUACUGAUAUUUCGUAGCGUUUCUUUGUUUUGGACUCUAGCCAUAAAGCGUAAUGUUACAAGUGAUACAUUUAGGAAGAUGAGGAGAAGCUUAGCACCCAGCCAGCUCACACCUGGUGUGAAGAGAAAGACCGAUGAAAAUGGUGAAUGGACUCCUAAACAGGGAGGAAAGAAGCUGAGGGUGAACCCAGAUCAAGUAGACUAUACUUCCCCCUUCAGGAAACCAUUAUUACCACUUGUGAACAGAUCACUGGUGACAGAUUCCACUGCACAUGAGGCUCUAAUCAAAAAGAUACUGUCAAAACCAUUCAAGAUCCCAAUUCCAAAUUAUCAGGGCUCUGUCUUCAAUCGUGCCCUUGGAGUUAGAAGACAAGGUGCAAGGAGAGCAUUGCAUGACCCAUUUGAAGAAGGAGCAUUAGUACUAUACUCUCCUCCGGAACUGAGUGCUCAUGACCAACUUAAAUCAGAUGUAGAAAAACAACCAGUUCAUGUUGUAGUGGAUCCAGCUUUGUGUAAAGUUUUAAGGCCACAUCAGAGAGAGGGUGUUAAAUUUAUGUAUGAUUGUGUCACUGGGGAGCAGAUUCCAGGGAGCUUUGGUUGUAUCAUGGCUGAUGAGAUGGGUCUGGGGAAAACUCUGCAGUGUAUCACACUCCUUUGGACUCUGUUGCGUCAAAGUCCAGAUGCUAAACCUGCCAUUAGUAAAGCCAUAGUAGUCUCUCCAAGUAGUUUAGUUAAGAAUUGGUACAAUGAAAUCAGCAAAUGGUUACCUGGAAAAGUUAAUGCUCUUGCCAUAGAUUCUGGAUCAAAGGAAGAUAUAGAUAGAAAUCUAGUGCAAUACAUGCAGCAGCAAGGAAAGAGAAACCCAUUUCCAAUACUCAUUAUUUCUUAUGAAACUUUCCGCCUGCAUGCCUCUGUUUUACAUCAAGGAGAAGUGGGGCUUGUCAUUUGUGAUGAAGGUCAUAGGUUGAAAAAUUCUGAGAAUCAGACCUACUCUGCCUUAAAUGCCCUGAAUGCAAAGAAAAGAAUACUGCUGUCAGGAACACCCAUACAGAAUGAUUUGCUGGAGUAUUUCAGUCUGGUUCAUUUUGUGAAUGGUGGGAUUUUAGGUACUGCACAAGAAUUCAAGAAAAAGUUUGAAACUCCUAUCUUGCGUGGAAGAGAUGCAGAUGCAACUGAUGAGGCACAUAAAAGAGGUCAAGAAAAGCUACAAGAGCUUGCAACCAUUGUAAAUAGAUGUAUAAUAAGAAGAACACAGGCACUGCUUACCAAGUAUCUCCCAGUCAAAAUUGAACAAGUGGUUUGCUGCAAACUCACUCCUCUCCAGUCAGCAUUGUAUCAACUGUUUGUGACAUCCAAGGCAGCAGAAUGUGAAAAAUUGUGUGCCAAAGAUGGCAAGGCAACACUGUCAUCAUUGUCCUCCAUUACUCAGCUGAAGAAGUUGUGCAAUCAUCCAGAUUUAAUCUAUGACAAAUGUGCAGAAGGUGAAGAUGGCUUUGAAGGUGCUAUGGAUUUAUUUCCUGAUGGUUACAAUCCAAAGGUGCUGAAACCACAAAUCUCAGGAAAGUUCCAGGUUCUUGAUUAUUUGCUUGCAAUGAUCAAAACUUCAACUGACGAUAAAAUUGUUCUGGUAUCAAACUACACCCAGACACUGGAUCUGUUUGAGAGGCUCUGCAGGCAGAGAGGUUAUUUAUAUGUUAGACUGGAUGGUACAAUGUCCAUCAAAAAGAGGGCUAAAGUGGUAGAAAAGUUCAACAACCCAGCUAGCCCAGAAUUUGUCUUUAUGCUCAGUAGCAAGGCUGGUGGAUGUGGACUCAACCUCAUAGGUGCUAACCGCCUGGUAAUGUUUGACCCAGACUGGAACCCAGCCAAUGAUGACCAGGCUAUGGCCAGGGUCUGGAGAGAUGGACAAAAGAAACAGUGUUACAUUUACAGACUUAUAGCUACUGGGACAAUAGAAGAAAAGAUAUUCCAAAGACAAGCACAUAAGAAAGCCCUGAGCAGCUGCGUUGUCGACAAUGAAGAAGAUGUGGAGAGACACUUCAGCUUGGGAGACUUGAGGGAGCUGUUUAAAUUGAAUGAGGACACUAUUAGUGACACGCAUGACAAAUUCAAGUGUAGGCGUUGUGUGAACAGGAUACAAGUCAAGGCUCCCCCAGUUGACAGUGACUGCAAUAGUGACUUAUCCCAAUGGAACCAUUGUGCAGAUAAGAAGGGCAUAGUGGACCCAAUUCUCAAAGGUGCUUGGGAAAGUGCUGUAACUUUUGUAUUUCAUCACAGGUCACAUGAGGAGCAAAGGAAAACUGUAUAGCCAACAAAAGGCCAUCAUGGGUUGUAACAACCAGUUGGGAGUAGUGAAAUAUGCACAUGAACGUUUUUUCUAGGAGAAAGACUCUGUUUCUCUUCAGGAGAAAUUAAUGCAUGUUUUAAAACAUAUCAAAAGACAGAUUAGAGUUCUUUUUUUUUUUUUUUUUUUCAUUUUUUGCUGCAGAAAUUACACAGGAUGUAACUAUAUGUAAUACAUAUUAUUUCAUGGCAUCUUGAUGCCAUCCUAACAUUGUUACAGCUUUUUUUUUUUUGUCCGCAUUCUUCAUUUAAUAGCUCAUAAGAAAUUCAUUGUGUUAGUGACCACCUAGAUUGUUGAUUGUGUUAGCUGUCAUGUACCUGCUGCUGUAGUGCAUGUUGAUUAAUGUACAUUACAGUACCACUGGUUACACUCCUUUCACUGUGGUCUUGUACUACAUUUUAUACUUCUCCAUAGAAUAUUUUUUCUUCAUUAUAAUGACCUCAAGUAUUUGGGAAUUAAAAAGUCAUUUUAAGUAAAGAUCAGGUGCUCUUUCUUACAAGCCAUGGAUUUGUUUUGUUUGUAUACUUAACUUGGGUGUAAUAAAGUUUUAUUUU